GAUAGAACAAAUUGCCGGAUUCGAAGAUUACCGUGUCCUCCCCCUCUCUUCGGACUUCGGAUAAUCCUAUGACAUUCCAGCGCCACUUAUCUAUCUCUUCUUCCAGCUCCAGGAUCUUCUCGUUAGUCCUCAGGGUGCGUGCGUUAUAAGUUGCCAGUUCGAGUCGUCGUAGAUGGCAACCGAACCUCCACCGGAGAUUCUUAGCAUCCCCUGCCCCGCCGUUACCAUGGUCGCCACCGUAGCCAGGAAUAUCGGGGCCGCCGGGGACUGGGGGCCCUCUCUUCGUAACUUUCAUCAUGGGGGGUAUAUUGCCAUAGUUGCCACGCUUGGCGAGCGGGUUGGCAACCGCAGUUUUUUAUUGUUGUUUUGCUGUUAUCAGAAAGAUGCUGCUGCCCAUCUUUUGUCUCAGGUUCCCUCUGUCACCUUUUACGACACCCACAGGAAGAUAUGUGGUAGUGAGUAUUCUUACCCGCCACUACACGGGGGUACUGAUUAGCAUAUACAAAUUAAUGAAUUGCUAGCGUUUAUUAAAAUGAAGCGUCAUUUAAAAUAAAAUAUUUCUUUCAUAGCAAGAUAAGAAAAAGUACGAAUGAGAUGGAUAUUAUUCCAUCUUGCUUCUUUAUAGCCGCCAAGGUCCACUACGUCAGAAGGGGUCAUGACGGAAAAAUCUUACACUUUUUGUCGUUCAGCCCCCAGCCACCAAAUCCGUACCGUCCGAUAAAGAACUUCGUUCCAAAAAUAACAGCUUACAAUCAAAUAUUAUGUUACACAAUUAACAACACAAAACAAAUUAGAAAUAGCUUGAUAGCGAACACCUCAUUCCCAGGGAUAAUUAUCAUCCGUAAAUUCCUUAAUAUUUUUAACCCUUUGUUUAAUAAAGUUUUUGAACUUUGAUAAGGUCAAAUUUUGUAUGAAAUAUUGAAAAACUAUUCUAGUAAUAUGGUCAUAUCACAAGCAUUUAUGUUUUAAUUUAAUAUAUUAUGUUUAAUAUAACACUAUUAUCAUUUAAACGUGGUCGAGCCUUGUAGAACGAAUGUGUCAGCUCGACCAUCGAAGGACCACGCUCUCACACAACACUAAUGUGAAAUAGCAGUAUAAUUCUGUUGAGUGUCUGUGCUUAAUACUGCUGAUAUUCGUAUGGUGAGUGUUGAGAAAAAAAAACCCUUUUUACUGAAAACGAAGCAUUACAUCGUAAUCUUCACGGUUGACAAGGCAUCUGAUUCUUAAUAAUCAUGUUGAUUCUUAAUCGAGGAUAAAUGGACAUCUAUAGGCUUCAGGGAUAUUCACUCAUAUUCUGUUAAAGAAAAAAUAGGUAAAUUAUUUUUUACUAUUUUCGACGCAACGUGUUCUUGAAACCGGUUCGGAAAAACUGCUUAUAACGUCUCUAGUUUCCGUUUUUUACUGCCACCAGAGUUGCUAUUAAUACGGCAAUUGCCGUAAUAUAAGGCAAUCCACGAUUUUUUUAGAAAAUAUGGCAUAAGGCAGCCCUCUCAUUGCCGUAUCACAAAAUACGACAAUUAGCCAUAAGGUGAAACUAAACGUUAUUUAACUAGUGUAACGAAUGAAAGGAAACAAAUGUACCACAUGAGUAAAGAAACGCAACAGUGACAAAGCUUCAUAAAAUUGCGCUAGGUAUGAAGGGUAUAAUAUUUUUCCAAGGAUACACUACUACAAGCUUAAGCGGCGUGUGUGCGUGAGCACUGUCGGCUCGGAAUCGGUAAUUGAUUACAGUUUAUUAUUUUAAUGCGGUAGAUAGAUAUCUCAUACAUACAUACACUUCAAAAAUGUAUCGCAUUUGUAAAAUGUGCAAUAUCCUUGAGCAAAAAUUUCGCGAAUUAUUUUCUUUCGAAAUAAACAUGUUUAGUAUUGAUAGUAAAAUAUUAAAACUAUGCAAGAUUUUAUAUGUCAUGUGAAUGAUUUCUAUUAGAUUAUUUAAAGAAAGUAAUGUUUUUAUUAUAUUUAACAUUUACCAUUCAAUUAAAAAGGCACAACAAAGUAAUGGAAAACAUAAAAUAUGGAAAUAAAAUAUUUUGAGUAAGUAGUUUGUAAAAAAAAGGAAGACAAAUAUACACUAGAUUCAUAUGCAUCUGAAGUGAUAAAAACGAUAAAAAACAUUAACGGGUAAGAAAAAAAUGAGGAAUAUACAUUUUAAAAAUAAAUAAUAAAAAUACGGCUAUUUAGUAUUUUUUCCUUAAAAUACGGAAAACCAAACUGUGACAUAUGGCAACUCAGAUUUUUACGAUAGCAGCACGCAGCGCCACUGUGGUCCAUAGAUAAAUAUAUAUGUAGUAAGCUGUGAUCUGUGCAGGUCUGUGCCACACCAGUCACUUAUGCACGUGCGUGUCGUCAAGGGUUCUGGACUAUUUUUAAAUAUUUUUUAAAUCGUGCGAUUUUGUAACAAAGUAAACUUUAUGAAAUCAUAAUUCUUAUGACAAAAAUAAUUUUAUUUUUAAAUAUCAUGAAGUGAUGAUACAUUUUUGAAUUAAUGUAAGGGAAAAUUAAUAAUACGUAAAAAAAGUAAAGCAGAGGUUUAAGUAUUUUUCAGUUGUUUUUCCUAUGUGAUUAGUACCAAAUUGUAUAAAACAAAAUAGAAAGUGAUUGCCUCUAUUAACUUGGCAAGUUAAAAAUAUUGUGAUUUAAUUUUUAUUUUACAAAAGAUCAUUAAAAAUGGAUGCUGAAAACUCUGGAGCUAAUCAAAAGGAUGAAGUAGAAAUAAUUGAAACAAUGAACAAUUUUGGUAAAUAUCAAAAGGUCCAGUAUUCUUACGCUUGUCUCGCGGCGUUUUUCAUCUCAAUGAUUCACAUCAACUAUGUAUUCGUUGCUGGGGACCUCAACUAUCGGUAUGUAGGAGAAUAAUUAUAAUAAUAUAUUUGUUUUGCAGAACAGGGUCAUAAAAUCUAUUCAUGACUGAAAUUGUAAAGAUUUUCCCAGGGAAAUGUUUAAUCGUAUCCAUAAACAUACAUAAUAAUUACCCUUAGGAAUAAGAUAUUCGUUACUAAAAUAUGAUAUACGAUCUUAUAUAUAUAUAUAUAUAUAUAUACGUCAUCUAUGUCAAUAUUUACACUAGAGCACUGUAAAAUUUAGUAUUUAAAAAUCACCCUGAGCAUUUUUAGAGAGAAUAUUGUAUUUGAACCAUAUACAUUACCACAAGUAAUUAAAAAAGACUUAUUACGUAUGUAAGAAUCUAUGUUGAGAAAAGAAUACUCUCUAUUCUACCUUGUUCGACGGCUCCUUGGCGCAGUUGCUUAGCAAUGAGUUGCCGCGCUGGGGCCGCGGGUUCGAAUCCCACACGGAACAAGAUAUUUUGUAUGACCUACAAAUAAUAGUUCCGGGUCUGGAUGUUUGUCCUCGUGCUAUUUAUGUUUGUAAACUGCCUGCACGAUACAGGAGAAAAUCGUAGUGUGGGGGUAAAACUAUUAUAAUCUAAAAAAAUCCGAUAUAGACCUAUAUUAUAGGAUAUUUUUAUGAAAUAGGUUUAACUUUACUUUCGACUAAUUCUUUACUGGUAUGAUGGACUUAAAGUAUCGCAGUAGUUUAGGACCGGGAAAAGAUCCCUGAUUUUAUAGAAUGCGGACAAUAAUUCUAGAUUUAGUAGUAGAAAACGCGGCUGCUGACCAUUUUUUUAUAGAAUAGGGUGACAAACAAGCACACAGUCCACCUGAUGGUAAGUGGAUGCUGUGGUCCAUAAACAUCUACAUUUAUCCUCAAUUAAGAAUCAAAAUGCAGAUGCGUUAUCACCCUUGAGGACUAAGAUGAAUGCCACGUUUCCAGUAAAAAGGGUCUCCGGUUCUCUACACUCACCAUACCAAACACAGUACAGCAUUAACCUGCUAUCUUACGCUAGUAUUUUGUGAGAGCGUGAACCUACCACGGUCGAGCCGACUCAUUUAUGCUACAACUAUAAUGUAGCUGCAGUGUGGCUUUACCACCUGUAAAAUUAUUUAAAAUAUAAAACUUAAUCAGUUCAAACAUUGAUAAUAUAUAUGUGCCACUUCACAUAUGGCCACAGCCAUAUGCCCAGCUAAACGUAGUGAUUAUAUUCUCUUUGUGCCCAGCUAACGUCGGUUCAGUGUUCAAUGCGACGCCGACCGAGUUGAGCCGAACGAUUCACGACAAAAAAAUGGGUAAAUGCGUAGUGAAAGAAUGCGAUUCAAGGUCACAAAAACAUAAUUAAUCAAGCGGAAUCACUUUCCACACGGUACCUCAAGAUGCAGCACACCGUAAGAAGUGGGUAGAAAUAAUACGAUUGCUGAGAAAGGAGACUCACUGGGUGCCUUCGAAAUCUACUCUCAUUAGUUCUAAGCACUUCCGGGAUCAAGACAAACUAGGAACAAAAAGCGAUGGCGACCGUGUUUAUUUAAGCGGAUUAGUACGACAGAUUAACACCAUUUAGUAUUAUCUUAAAAAUUUAUUAAUAACCACAGUUUUUGUAUCUAAUGUCAUGAGACCAAAUUUAGGAGACAAAGACUUGCCGAUGCUUUCACAAUUGAUGCAUAUUUCAAAUUCAGAUCUUCUUGGUUAAGAAACACAAAAUAGAUUUUUUAUUUGAUUUAUUUUUUUGUUUGAUUUAUGAGUACAAUAAAAGAUACUUC